ACGACAAGUGCGCAGUACCCACAUCCCGUGGUAGUGGUGAGCAGCCCUCUACCCUGCCAGCGGCAGCACCUCGUGCACAGGCUAACUCGCGAGUUCACCGAUUAUCUGAGCACAGGGGUACUCCACAGCAGCCGGCGCACGGAGCCGUGCGUCGCCGUGACGACGGCGGAGGAGAUGGAGAGGAUGACGCGAGAAGGAAGGUUCGUGUGCACGGCGGAGGAGCCGGGAGGUCACGUCAGCGCCCUCUCCCUCGAGUCUCUCGAGUUCUCGGCUCUCUGCGGGAAGGCGUGCGUCGUCGCCCUGUCGCUGCAGGGCACGAUGAGUCUACAGAGAUCUCACCUGCAGCCGUACUGCAUCCUCACCAUGCCCACCGACCCACAACAACUAGAGGAUAUACUCAAUGCUGGUAAGCUGGCAGGCAGGCUGGCAGGCAAGCUGGCAGACGAUGCAUUGACGGAUGAAACGAGGCAGGCUCUUCGUGAUGAUGCUGCUGAUAGCAGAGAUGCAGCCAACGCUGGUCUGUUCGACGCCGUGCUUGAUACAGGUGACUUGGGCUCGGCCUACGAGGAGCUGCACGCGUGGAUGACGCACCAGCUAGUCGCGAGCGACGACGCCGACUCGCGACCUCUGACCCCUGACAGCCUCGACGACUCGCCGCCCGCCGCCUCCGCUCGUCUCUCCGUGUUCUCCGCGCCGCGGUGGGGGAGGGGCUUGCGCUCGUGCGGGGUCGUGGAGAGGUCAGCCAGCCAGAGCUGCGUGGAAGAAGCGUCCGGAUGGAAGAGAUGGGAGUCUGCCUACAGAGCUCUCACAACAACACCGGCCGCACACACGGUCAGGAACACGUGUACCGCCAAGGUCGAGGGGUCGCAAACUUUGACCUUCAACGUUAGCGACCCGGACGCACUCCCGCCGGAUUCGCCCGACUCUACUCUCCCGUCGCUCCCUUCCUCUCGGCUCGACCGGCCCGACAGCGCCACCUGUUGCUCAAAAUCUCCGAUCUCGGAUCGGUCCGCCCGCGACGGCGGCGCCGCCUGUGGAGCGACGAUAGAGGGCGCCGCCGACGAUGCAGAGUUCGGGUUGGGGUCGUCGCUGGGGUCGCGACCUGGGUCGAAGUGCUCGCCCUAUCCCGUGCUUCCGGCGAUCGCCGGACGUUGACCGAUGGUCAUUGUUGCUGCUGGUCGUUGUCCCUCGCGUCUACGAUCGUGCGUGUAUCCGCGGAAAUCAUUUGUAUAUAUAUUUUUUUUAUUGUGUAUUUGUAUU